CAUUACUAUAAUUGUUAAUUAUUUUCUCACUCGUACAUGUUGGUCUCCAAAGAAAGUUUCUGAGAUGUUGAUUUAACCCAAAGCAAAAACAAAUUGCUUGAGAGAAAAAUACAAAGGUAAAAUAAAAACACUAUUGCAGUAAAAAGUAACUUCCUUUGAAAAUCCUAACAGACUGGCUGUACACACCCCCAUCCACUGUAAACAUUUAUAAAUUUUCAUUUUUUGAGCCAUAUUGGCUAUUGAAUACCAUUUAUAAAACUAGGAAAUUAUUUUUUAUUUCAUACAUAUAUUAGGAAUCAGACUUUACGAAAAGAAGAAGCUCCUGAAUAUUUAAAAUGCUAAACCCCAAGGUCAUUAUUCUAGGAUCUGUCUUCAUUAUCCUGCUAUUCCUUCAGUUAUUUCUACAUAAUCCGUUCGAGAUGCCAUUGACUAAAAGCUCGUCGAGUCCUCUUGGUACGCAGAGCCACCCUUCUUCAACUUCCCAUAAGCCCAGAUUACCUAGCAAAGAUGCAUUAAAAGAACAGGAUUUUCAGGUUUUCCUUGAAAAUCCUGUCAUGGUCUUUAGCAAGCCAGGUUGCCCAUUCAGUAAGGCAGCUAGGUCCAUGCUGACCGAGACACUCAAUAUGGAACCUGCUCCUGUCAUAGUCGAAGUCACCGAAUAUACCCAUACUACUGAAUUGCGUACAUGGCUGUCUUCCAUUAGUGAUGUUUCUACACUUCCAAAUAUCUUUUUCGGUGGUCAUAGCAUUGGUGGAUAUGAUGAUUUACAACUUAUAUAUCGUGAGCAUCGACUGCAAGGAGAAUUAGAUCGCUGGACAUAUAAUCAAGUCAAAAUUGUACCCAUCCAAGAAGCUUGAGCGUCUAUAAGAGUUGGCUUGUCUUACACAUUAGUCUUGCUCGUGGAUGGACAACGCAACGCAUAAUUUUAACAUCCAUCGGUUUUGUAUCUUUUGUAUUCUUUUUUUUUUUAUGUUUAUCUAUAUUAUUUCAAAAUUCACGUCGUGCUGUAUAAGAGUCACUUCAAAAUUAGCUCAUUUUAUUUCUGCUCUUCCCAGUAAGUCGCAUUCCCCUUCACCAUAACAAACAGCCUUACGAA